GUUAGCUAAUGUAUUAACUUGUUAAAAAAUACAACAUUAUUGUAAAGUAUUACCUAUAUAUCCUCUUGUAUAAAAUAAGAAUUAAAAUUUUUAUUUAAAUAUGUUUUUAAUGCACACAUUUUUUUUCAGAAUGUGCAGACAGUUUACACAAUUUUCCAAAGCAUUUCCAGAGUGCAUUUUUGUCAUAUCUACAAAUACUAAUGCUGCUGGACGAUGCUCCUUUAAAAAAAGAAAAUAUGACAUUACACCAAGCAGUUAUCAUUAAAAUCUCAUAAGGGAUGAGAUGGAUGGCUGAUAUAAACAUAGCCCAUUGUGAAAGCCAUUGUAUGCAUAGGACUUUCAUCGCAUCUAUCCCUUUAAGAAAAACAAGGAGAACAUGAGUGGGGGAGGGGAAUGGGUUGGGGUGGAACAGUCCUGUAAUGAGCAUUUUCUAGAGACACUGAGCAUCAUAUGGCUUCAGACCAUCACUGAUGCACACCUUCGAAUAUGCAAACAAACAUGAAUGUGAAGAGGACCAAAGAGCAGGAUUCAGCUGAUCCUUGAUGCUUUUCACCAGUCUUCCAGGAAAAAAGCUUCACCUCCGUACCACAGUAGGAGCGCAGAAGAGAAACGAGAAGGGAGAGAGGGAGAGAAGAGAGAGAGAGCAGCAUCAGAAAAACUGCUGUGCCAGAUUGAAUGCAUUACAGAGGAAAUACUGUUAAAAACAUGAUCUAGAGGGACAUCUGAGCAUCAUCCAUGCAUCUUGGUUACGGAUUCUCUACAUUUUUUUGCCAGCAGGUGUGGUAUGUUUGGGGCCGUGUAACGUAUGAUUGAGCGUAUCAAUGCUGCUGCUGUGUGGAUCUGCGUGGCUGUGGAAAAAAACUAGGCCUCGCUUGCCUGCCGAUCUCCACGCAGGAAACACGGAGCGCGGCUGUGCGCCUCAGCCUGCUGGGACCGUGCGGCGAGAAAGGGAGAAGCUUGUCAACUGCAUGCCUGUCGGAAGUAGCAUGCGUAAAAAAGACAUUCGUGAGCGAAGGCCAUGCACAAACAGGCAGGAGCUAUAACACCGGGACAGUAGCCUGGCUCAUUUGUUUUCACCCCUUUAAAUUUUUUGGACUCGAAAGCACUGUUUUUUCAAUACGUUUCAAAUCUACUUGAAGGACUCUUCUGUCCACUUUAUCAGUCUUCCUAGUUUGCUCGCAGGUUGCUUUUUUCUUGCUCCGCUUGACGUUCUGAAGAUUUGCCAAAACCUGUUUCAUGCAUGUCCACUGGAGGCAGGUUUGACUUUGAUGAUGGGGGGUCGUACUGUGGAGGGUGGGAACAGGGCAAGGCGCAUGGCCGUGGGGUCUGCACGGGGCCCCAGGGUCAGGGCGAAUACGCGGGGGCCUGGAGCCAUGGAUUUGAAGUUCUCGGAGUUUACACGUGGCCCAGUGGGAACAGUUACAGAGGAACCUGGGCGCAGGGAAAAAGGCAUGGCAUCGGUGUGGAGAGCAAAGGGAGGUGGGAAUACAAGGGGGAAUGGACACAGGGGUUCAAGGGGAGGUAUGGAAAGUUGGAAAGCACCAGCAGUGGUUCUUGUUAUGAAGGCACCUGGAGCAAUGGCUUACAGGAUGGCUAUGGCUUGGAGACCUACACUGAUGGAGGCACAUACCAAGGCCAGUGGCUAAGCGGCAUGCGCCAUGGCUAUGGUGUGCGACAGAGUGUGCCUUAUGGCAUGGCAGCCAUCAUCUUCUCCCCCAUGUGCACAUCCAUAAAUUCCCUUCGAUCCGAUCACAGCGAAGGGGCCCCCACUCCGGAAGAUGGCUCCGGUGUCAGUGGGGCAUCCGGGAGUCCGGUGGGCCGUAGCGGUUUUGUACUUUGCGCUUACAACGAUACAGACAGGCACAGGAAGAGGAAAGGACGCUUCCGACAGUCCAUACUGAGCGGUUUGAAGUUGCGGAGAUCCGAAUCCAAGAGCUCCCUGGCCAGCCAGUUAAGCAAACAGAGUUCGUUUUGCAGCGAGGCAGGCAUGAGCACAGUCAGCUCGGCCGCCUCGGACAUCAACUCCAACGUCAGCUUGGGCGAUACGGAGGCAAGUGGAAGCGUGGAUGCCACUGUGACGGAAACGUACGCUGGCGAAUGGAGACAUGAUAUGAGGUCGGGUUGGGGCGUAAGUCAUCGCUCUGAUGGGCUUCGUUAUGAAGGUGAGUGGUUUGGGAACAAGAGGCAUGGCUAUGGAUGUACCACCUUCCCUGAUGGAACAAAGGAAGAGGGAAAAUACAAGCAGAACAUUCUGGUGAGUGGCAAGAGGAAAAACCUAAUACCACUGCGCACCAGCAAAAUCCGUGAGAAGGUGGAUCGCGCCGUGGAAGCUGCUAACAAAGCUGCGGACGUAGCCAAGCAGAAAGCUGAGAUCGCAAUGUCCAGAAUGAGCCACGCUAGAGGAAAGUGUGAGGCUGCGGAAGGAGUCGCACUGAGAGCUCUGGAGGAGUGUCGUCUGGCCAGGAUCAUUGCCAAAGAACUAUCGCCCUCUUUCCAUCACUAUGGAAACGGAUUAGAGUGCCAGAGACCAAAGCAUCAGGACAGAAAAGAGAAAGACAUGGAGGUGAUAUCCGCCGGCACAGAUAGCCCAGAGCUCUGUACACCAGACACAACGCCACCCGCCCAGACGCCCGACCUGAGCCCGAUACUGAGCAACCCCUCCUCGCCCCCCUGCAGCCCACCUACCCAUCGUGCCAGGAACGCUUGCUUCAUGCGCCAGAGUGCCGUGGAGGAACAAGGAGGUGCUGAGAUCCAGGUUCUAGUGGAAGGCAACACGAGAUCUGGGGCCAACAGCUGGACCACUGACGUUUAUCCCCACAGAAGGGGAAGCAAAGGGGAGAGCAGUCGCUCCACAACCCCUUCUUUACUGGAAGAGGAAAUUGGUCAAAUGAAUGGACAUGAGCAAAACUCCUCAACCCAUCACCCAUGGGAGAACGGCUCCUCCAAUCACAAGCCCAUUGAGCAUAUGGCUCAGGACAAAGUGCGGGAUCAAAUGUCCUCCGGUCAAAAGCCCUGGAAGCAUGUUUCCUCAAAUCAAAAACCCAGGGAGCGUACAAUUUCCAGGGAAAGAGAGUGGGAACGUUCACCAUCCAAUCACAACUCUGUUAACUGCGACUCUUCCAAGUUCAAACCGCAGAUGCAGAUAUAUUCCAAUCACAAAUCGGUGGGUCAUAAUUCAUCCAAUCACAAGACCAACCAGCAUGCUUCCUCCAAUCACAAACCAAAGGAAAAACCUCACGUUUCAUACCAUUACAACCCUCAAGAGCAUGCGUCCUCGUAUCGCAAACAACACGAGCAUGUCCACUCCAACCACAAGCCAAGAAAGUCCUUUACCAAUCACACGAGCGGCGAGUCUAGCGUGAAUGCCUACCAGCUGUCAGACCGUGGAGCCAACAGCACUGCUCCAGGAUGGACUGUUGAAAACGAUUCCCACAAAGGAGGAGAAAACGAUUACCGGAUUGAAAUGAGGUUCCAGCCCCUUGACUCCGUUUCCCAACAAAACUCCAAAUGCUCGAGUCUCCAAGGGCACAAUUUGCAAAGACUACGUCAGCGAAACCACGAUGGCAAAGAAUGGGGUCUGGCAGCCCGGAAGGAGUCCAUGGACUCUGUGCAGAUGCUUGACACGUUGAAUGUUGGGGUUGAUGUGGAGGAAUGGCCUUUGCACAGGGACAUUACUCUUUCACCCCCUUUAACAUCUUCUCCAGAAACCCUGGAACAAGAUGUAGAGCAUUUGAACCUGAUUAAGACAAACUCAGGCUCCAGCUCUAUCCUGGUUGUCAUGGUGAUAUUACUUAACAUUGGUGUAGCCAUUUUGUUCAUCCAUUUCUUUAUUUAAUCAUGGGCCUAUAGAAUGUCAAUAAAACAGCACUGUCAUCAAGAUUAAGAUAUGCACGCAAUGCGCACUUAGCAUUGUCUUAAUAUAAGGAACCCAAAAAUUACCGUAGUAAAUAUCUGUGUAAGAAGUUGGGCAAGUCCAUGUAUAUUGUAAACUUCUUUUACGGUUCGAUUUAUUAUAUAAAUCCAUCAUAAUCCAUUAGUUAAAUUCGCUUAAUUUUGUCUUUGUUUCAUAAUAAAAGUCCAUUUACGAUAUUCUGUAGAGCUAGAGUGAAGUAUUACACACAUUUUAGGUUUUUAGCCAUUUAAAAACUACUUCCCAUUUAUUUAUUUAUUUAUUUAUUUUCUUCAAAAAUGCGCAUCAAACCCGAGUCGCGGGACUAUGAAGAUUGAUGUGCGAAAUUGGUCUUGUGGCCUAAUAUAAAAUAGCUAGUUGAUGUAAGGUGCAAUUCACACAAAUAUGUAACCAACUAGACUAAAGCUGCGUGCCCACUGCCAGUGACUAGCAACGGCGCAGCGACGCCAUCUUAUUCAUUUUAAUGUUAGAUUGAUGAUUUCUGGCGACUGUUGGCGAAAGGAAGUGGGCGUGUCCAGCUAUGCGCCAAAGUUGAGAAUGGUUUAACUAUAUGCAAAUGACUUUCGGGAGCGACAACCAAUGAGAGUGCAGCAGUGAAGUUCACGUCAUCCGUCUUUCGUCGGUUGUUACUUUUGAAAAGAGAUGCUGGCGGUGUGCACGCACAGUAAGACUACAUGCCCCCCUCCUUUAUAUUCCAGGGUAACAGCCCUUUAUAAUCGCUGCAGUCACGUCAUAUAAAAAAACAACCUUUUCAUUUACAUGCCCAGAUUGUUGGGUGUGUGGUUAAAGCUGUCUUAAAGGGCUUCAUCAUAGUGCAUUUUCAUUCAAACGAAUACUCAUGAAUUUUGAAUAUAAGUUAGGCCUGCAGAAAUCUUCCCACCGAUCCCACCUUCCGUCGGGAUUAUCACCGAAUUUCAGCACAAUCCAGCCACCUAGUUCAUUUCGAUUCACCGUAAACACGUUCACCUUUAAAACACUGCUAUGCCAGAUUCACUGCUGAAGAAACCACUGCGUUUCCUUGUACACCGUGUGACGUCACAUCUGCUGUUUGACAUUAAAGUACAACAGAGGUGCGGCAGGGGUUGUGUAUGUCGGCUCGUACAGUUUGAGACUGUUACCUUAUGACCACUGCUUUCGAUAUCUCUCUCUCUCUCUCUCUCUCUCUCUCUCUCUCUCUCUCUAUAUAUAUAUAUAAAUAUAUUCUAUAUUACUGAACAGUGUAACAUCUUUUAACAAGUUUGCAAGUUUUCAUUGAUAUGCUGAGUGCCUUUUUUAAUUGAGAAACCAUCCCAGCGAGCAGGUUAUGUACUCGUAUGAAGGUCACGUGGAACGGUGCGUCUCGAUCCAACCCCACCUUUGAACAAAAAUCAAGUUGGCUUGAAAUCUGAGCCUAAGCCUGUGGAGAUUUUUACAGCAUGUUUGUUAGCCUGUUCUCUUCUGCUCUUAACUCUGUGUGAUUUUCUGCCUGUCUCUCUGUCCAGCAACUUAGAUAACAAUUUGGACUGAAAGCAGUGUUAAAAUACCAGCUUACGUUUCUCAAUGGGACCUGACUGACAUCGUCAAAAUUAUUGAAUGAUAAACUGCUAUUGUAUAUUUUAUACUACUCAUCCAGUGAUAUCAUCAUGUUGUGAGAUCAUUGCAUGCCUAAGCAUGCCCUUUCUUACGCAAUGAUUUAUGAGAUUGUUUCCAAGUUAUGUGGAAAAUUAAUAAAAUGUUUGAGGUUA